GUUGGGGUAUUUUCAAGAUGGCGCUGGACCGUGGCCGGAGUGCCGCUGCAGCAGCCAGCUAAACAUUAACGGAUUUAAUUAAUCUUCUCCCAGGCGCGGAGACGUUAACUCUGCAAGACACAGAGGAAAAAUAUCUUUACUCCAGAAACCAGAAGAGGAAAUGUUACAUUCGGCGAGUGUCAGGUAACGCUGGAGUGUCCCUGGCUAAAAUGGUAGCCCCUUCCUCCGAGAACAACGAGACCUGCUGCGGAGCUCGGCCGACGGAGGAGGUUACGCCCGGGGCCGAGUCUCGUCUGGUGGAUUGAGGUGUCAUGGAGACGACGGGGGAGAACGGAGGGUCGUUUGCCGUCGACUUAAACGAGAACGAAGAAGAAGAAGGAGGAGGAGGAGGAGGAAGAGGAGCUGGUCACACAUCUUACACCGCACUUAAAGACCGCGGCAGAGCGCUGCUGGCCGGUGUCAGCGGGGGUCAGGAGGCGGGGAAGGGUCGUGUUUACGUGAGCGGUAAUGUUAACGGGAGGAAUGUAAACAGAGACGGCCCGGUACAACAGAGAGAGAUCGUGUUGGAUCUGGUGUCGGCGGAGAAGUUCCUCCCCGCACGGUUGGCUGACAGCGGCGAGCAUCGCGGCCUGAACGGAUUCACUGAGGCACUCGGUGAGGAGCAGCCGGGGAUGGUCGGCCAGGAGGAGCCGGAGGAGCCGGGGAUCGUCGGCCGGGAGGAGCCGGGGAUCGUCGUGGAUCCGGUUAUCAGGGAGAGCGAAGGGGAAACCCCGGGAGAAGAGGCGACGGACGGUGGCGCAGUUACCGGCUGUAUCCGUACUUCUCUCCCCGUUGGCCGGCUAUCCAGCACGGGAAAACGCCAGCAAAACUGCGCUUGCACCGCAGCCGCGGCUCCAGACGUAAACAUGCUCAACGGGGGUGUUGACAGGCCGCGGCACGGAGGUCCCGAAGCGGAUAUCGCUUACUGUAAACAGACUGGGGUGUUUUCUAGCCCCGUGCUGGGCCACAGACUCGGUUUAUGCGACGUGGACGGCGAGGAAGUGAAAAUAGCCAACGGUGGUUUACACAUUGUCAGCACCACCAGAGCAACAUGUGACCGGCCUGAGUCGGACUAUUCCCCCGAAAACAUUCAUUUCGACCUGGGGGCAAGGCAAGAAAACUGUAGCGGGAGUUUGGCCUCUCAGUGCCCGUGGCAGGAUGCGCCUGCUGCGGCAGAGCUCCCUCACUCCCUCGCCCCCUCCGAGGACUCCCCCACCCCGGGAUCAAGUGCCAAACUCCCCUCUCCCUGCCCGUCUCCCUCCUCCAACCUGAGCGGUGACAGCCCGCUCUCUGAGCCCAUUACCAGGGAUGAGGAGGAGGGUUUCAGUGACCUCAGUUUACCGGUUAGGCCGCACAGUUUGAGGACUACCCCCAACCUCGCGGUGUCCCUCAGCUGUGAUGCCACCCCGCUGUCCCCCGACGAGGAGGGGGGAUUUUAUUUUGGAGACGAGGGGUACGAGGAGGACCUUCGGAGCGUUUUGGACGCGGGUCGCAGGCAGAGCGCCCCGGACAAACUGCCAGACCUGACCGGGCAGACAGACAGCUCGGACUCCAAGCUGAUGCCAAAGAGGUUCGGCAUCGCAGAUUUCUUCACCAGGAGCCUGUUUUCUAGGAAAUCCAAAGAGCCAAAGGCGCCGUCCCAUAAUGCAACGGGGUGGCGACUGUUCGGCAAGACAGCAGCCAGAGAGGACGAUGCGGCGAAAGACCCCUCCUCAUCCUCCUCGUCCACGCAGCAGGAGGAGAACGUGACGGAGGACUCGGGUGUGUCCUCGGGUCCUCAGCGCCCCCUGGCUGCAGGGAGGAGGAAGAACCUGGAGUUUGAGCCUCUUUCCACCACCGCUCUUAUUCUGGAGGACCGGCCAUCGAACCUUCCCGCCAAAUCUCUGGAGGAAACUCAGAGACACAAAAUGGAGUACGAGGAGAUGGUGGCUGGAGCCAAGAGGAGAGAGCUGAAAGAAGCCCAGAAGAAGAAGCGUCAGAUGAAGGAGCGACACAGACAGGAGGACAGCAUCUCCAACGCCAUGGUGAUCUGGAACACCGAGAUCCUGCCGCACUGGGACUCCAUGAAGGGAACGAGGAGGGUCAGGGAGCUCUGGUGGCAGGGACUUCCUCCCAGUGUCAGAGGAAGAGUGUGGAGCCUCGCCAUCGGCAACGAGCUCAACAUCACACCAGAGCUGUACGAGAUCUUCCUGUCCAGAGCCAAAGAGAAGUGGAGGAGCUACAGUGAAACCAGCUCAGUCAACGACAGCGAGAGCGAUGGAGGAGCGUCUCUGGCUGACAGAGAAUCCAGUCUGGACCUCAUCAAACUGGACAUUUCCAGAACCUUCCCCUCUCUGUUCAUCUUCCAAAAGGGCGGUCCCUACCAUGACCUCCUCCACAGUGUACUGGGAGCUUACACCUGUUACAGACCUGACAUUGGAUAUGUCCAGGGCAUGUCCUUCAUCGCUGCUGUGCUCAUCCUCAACCUGGAGGAGGCCGAAGCCUUCAUCACCUUCGCCAACCUGCUCAAUAAACCCUGUCAGAUGGCGUUCUUCAGAGUGGACCAUGAACUGAUGUUGAAGUAUUUUGCAGUCUUUGAGGUCUUCUUCGAGGAGAAUCUGCCUCGUCUCUUCAGCCACUUCCAGACCAACAACCUGACCCCUGACCUCUAUCUGAUCGACUGGAUCUUCACGCUCUACAGUAAGUCCCUCCCUCUGGACGUGGCGUGUCGGGUGUGGGACGUCUUCUGUCGGGACGGGGAGGAGAGUUUGUUUCGGACGGGGCUGGGUAUCCUGCGUCUGUACGAGGACGUCCUGCUCCAGAUGGACUUCAUCCACAUCGCUCAGUUCCUCACCCGCCUGCCGGAAGACCUGCAGUCACACACACUCUUCAACGCCAUGGCCAACACGCACAUGGUCAGCAGGAACCGCCGCUGGGCUCAGGUGUUUUCUGCAUUGAAGGAUGGAAAUAAAGAGACGGACAAAAACACCAGCCCAGCUCUGAGAAGCUAACACUAGCUAACCGUCUCUCCUCAAACUAACGUCAGAACACUGGCUGUGACGGUUGACGCUCGUGCAGGCCAUGAACUUCAGAGGUAAACGUCGAGCCCGCGCCGUGUCAGCGCUGAAGUCUAGCUGUGUGGAGCUUGAAGCUACAUAGCCUGAAGUUAAACUCUCUCUCUUAGAGGUUUGGCUACGAAGCUUGAAGCAAACACAAGCUGAUGUCAGAGCAGAGACGUCCGGGCCCCGCGAGAGAGCCGCGAGGAGGAAGCGGCUCCCUGAAAAAUCUGCGUCGGGACCAGACUGGGAAACCAAAGUGGUCGGUUAAUUCCAAACUUCAGCAGCCGUUGUCAGUAUUUCACCAGGCAGGUUAUGUUGUGGAGAGGUGACGUGUUGUUUAAGCAGCAGUGUUUUAUUUUAUCAGCUUACAAAAGCUGGAGAAUUAAAACGGACUGUCCAGAUAAUGAUGUGUGUGUGUUAAAACUCACUAAAAACAGCCUGGCUCAGUCCUGGCUUGUGUUUGGUAAUUCUGCCUCCAUGUUGAGACACAAACUGGUUUCACGAUGGUGUUUCCUUUUUAUUUUUAAGAGCUCGUGGUCAGUUUCACACCACUAACACCGAGCAUUACGCCCUGUGUAAUUCUCAAAGACUCUACUUCUAGUAUUCGGUGCUAAUGGUUUUUUCUAAAGGCUUCAAAAAUGACCUUUGUGGUUGAAUUAUUAAUGUAGGUCUUUGUGGUUUGGAUUUCACAAUAUUAUUCAUUUUCUGCAUUUUUUCUUGGCUUGAACUUCUGACCUCUGGGUCUAAAAAACGAUUGGGAAUCUGCACGAGCAUGGCUGAUGCUAAUAUUACCGGCUAUAGCUGAUGAAUUAGAUCCCACUUCAACCUCGUAGCUUUUAAAGUAAAAGAGAAAAACAUACGCGGGAGUUUGGGUUGAAGUGAAUCUUAACAAAACAUGACGCUUGUGAAAAUGAGAUUUUGUACAAUGUCGUAUUUCUUAUUAUUAGCAGGAAGUCAAAUAAUACACGUCUUCAUCAGUGAUCAAAACACAAGCAGAUUUCGACUAGUUGUGUGAUUUUAAUGUUUUUACAGGAAAGCGAAUAUUCCACGCCUCCGUUUGGCUCGACGACGUUUUCUAAUGUGUUUAUUAAUUUAAAAUAUUAUCCUGAAUAUAACAAUUUUAACUGUUUUGAGCAGAAAAUUAGUGAAUGUGGAUGUAAAAACUCACAGCCACCGAGUGUUUUACUGGACUGAUUUUUUUUUUUUUUGAAGAUGAAUGUCUGGUGGAAUAGAUUGAAUUGAUCCAGUUUGUUACUGGGAUUUAGUCUGUAUGUUCUGACCCGUUUAUCACACGCUGUUGUUAUUCAUCAACAGUGAAAUAGAAACGUUCGUUUGGGUCAAAAUUACCCUUAAAAAUAUUGUGGAACCACUUUGAACCACAGAUAGCCGACAGUAACUGUGUUUGUACUGUAAGUGUAGGAGUGUGGGGCCACCGCAGCUUUCAAUCAGUGUUCCUGGGAUUCCUCUUAGAGCACUUUAUAUAUGCAGCACUGAAGCUACAUUAUUGACACUGGCUUUCAGAGGUGCACAAUACUCUCAUCAGACUACACAGGGCGACUUCAAACUGAAUCAACGGGCAUUAAGUAAACCUGUGAGCAUCGUUUCCUCUGUGAGUGUUUAGAGGGAAUCAAACUAGACCGAGUUUUGUUUGUCAAAGCUGAUUUAGAAACAUGUAGGCAAAAAUACCGGAGUAACAAUACCGCCUUGGCAUUUAGCUUUUACUAGUUUUGCUUGAGAAUGAAGCUUUUUAGUGUUUGCAGCAGAACCUUUUUCUUUCUCGUUGCCGAAAAUGCGAGUCGAGAUUUCAGCAGCAGACCGAUCGACUCUAAAAACCACCUGCACAUGUCGUAGUUCUUUUCAUACUAGGGAGUGAAAAAUGUACAAUUUUUUUUUACUUAACUGCCCCGAGAGACUAAAAAAAAAAAAAAGACUCAUAUACUUGAUUUUAACAACACGUACAAGUAGAAAAACAGCUGCUAUGUGAACAUUGUUCACAUGUGUACUUGGUUGGUAGAUCUUUGAGAAGUUUAUUGUUGAUUGUGUAUGACUUAAACUAAACCAGUCAUGGAAACACUGAGGAGGAAGUGUUAAUGUUGACGUCUCAGCAGACUAAUGCUAACAGAUUUUAGCCAUGCUAGCAGCACUGUCACGUUGGUCCAGACUGAAAUAUCACAACAACUAUCACAAGGAUUACCAUGAAAUUUACUACAGACAUUCAUGGUGCCCAGAAGAUGAAUCCUAUUGUACUGAAUUUUCCACUAGCACCACCACUAACACACUAAACUCAGAUGUGAACAUGGUAAUGUUCAAGUACAGCAUCACAGAACUGCUAGCAUGGCCGCCGGUCUCUUACGCUGCGUCUCAAAUCCAUACUACACACUACUCAUCACAGUAUACUGCUACUGCAGCUAUUAUACAACAAAUCAAGCCUACUGCACUUCUCAUACGAAAUGGAAAUGAUGAAAAACCUCAAAUAAUCUGCAACCUCAAACAGCUGGCUAAUUUGAGAACUGGAGGAACUGGAUUUUUUUCCAGCUGUUUCCUCGUCUAUUAGCUGUAGUUUUUCCCUCCUCGCAAAAUGCAGUGUGCAGUGGAAACAGACAGUAUUAUACUUUUAUACAACUGUUUACAAUUUUGAGUGAACUUAAUGUUCGCACUACAGACUCAAGACCUGCGUAGAGUUAGUGUGUAGUCUGGACUUUGGGACACGGCUUCAGUUUCUUCCAAAGUUUGCACCGUUGUUGUUGUUGUGGUUCGUUUAGAGUCUGCUGCCUCCAACGUUCAUGCAGAUGUGUAGAGUUAAUUCUUGUACAACCAACACUCCAAAGGUACACAGGUAGACGCAGGGUAGACAUCAUGUGUCGGUACCGAGCAAGUAUAAAAGUGCAACAGCGACAACAAAGAUAGAGGUCAUCUCCCUGUUCUAGAAAUCCUGAGUGAAAUCUAGAGUUGAUCCUUUAGAAACAGGACGUUGCCCUGUCAGGUCUGUUAAAGUGCUUUACUUCACCUCUGUCUCUUUGUACACUUUGUGUUUAACACUCCGUUGAUUUGCAUACACUAUUAAUGUAAGCGUCACCUCCAUCUCAUAUCCAUACCUCUCAAUAAUAAGCCACAAACAUGCUACACAUGCCCACACACACACACACACACACACACACACUAAUGAAGAUCAGCCCACAUAGCACAAUGAGCAGGCCUUAAACACGUGGACCAAGCUGCCACUCUGUACUCUUCUCACAGUGUGAACAAAACUCACCAGAGACUUGUAGCAACCCUGGAGGAAGAGAGAGGAAGAUGAGUUGAUAGAGAGAAAUUUACAUGAUUAUUUACGUACUUUUUUUUUGAUGAAACACAAGUUCUUGUUGCUCUUUCCCCUAACAUGAACGUAGCUUCUGUCUGGAUGUGAAAGCGCUGUGUAGAGUCGCUCGUUAAACCAUCAAAGCCCAUGAUUUCUGAAGAAAUGCAUCAUUUUCUGUUUUAUACAAAUCUGGAUCAGUUUCAGCCAGAGACCGUAACGCCAGCACUAAGCUCUGGAGCACGGUGGCGGCUCACCAUCGGUCUGCUGCGGGCAGGUCGGGUUUUAAUGGUUCCUGGUUGGGACUUUGUCGGUAUGGCGCCCAAAACGUGAUGGAAACAUGAAGAUUUAAUGAGGAUUCAUGUCUCUCUUAAGUUUUGUAGAUUAUAAACUUUAUUUUAAUGGCACGUCACGACUGUAAAUAUGGUUUUCCUUUUAAGGAUUUUUUUUUUUUCUUUUGGCAUUUUUGCUCUUAUUUGCUAGAGGAAAGUAUCACAUAGCGACCAUGAGGUACAACUAGUAGACUACCGGGGAGUCUGUCAUGUAUCUCACAGACACAUUUCUUGGCAAACAUGCUUAAAAAGUGACAUUACAGUUACAGGUGUUAUAUGCAGGUUUAUAAGUGAGGAGCCUCCACAGCUGCUAUUGUUCAUGAUAACUACCCAGUUCUUCUUCAUCUGUUUUAUUCUAAACAAACCAGAAGGGGAAAAUUACCAACUGUGCAGCAGGAAAGAGCAACAAGACAGCGAGCGAUGACAUCAGCAGUUGAAAAGUUGUUGAUUAGUCGGACGCAGACGGUGUUGCUGCUGUUAAAACGGGAAUUUGUUGAUCGGAAAUUGUCAUGGAUCAAUAAUUAGACAAGAAAAUCUUAUUCUUAGUGACAUGAUAUGAUAAAAGUUUGAAGCUGGCCUUCCAGUCUUCCAGGUUGCUUCGUCUCUGGUGAGUUUUGCCAGUUUAACACCAAAUGACUCCAUUAAUAAGGGUUUUUUUUUUUUUGUACACUAACAAACCAGGAACCAUAAUGAAUGUGGACAAACCAGAUAGUAUCAGUGUUUUGGGGCAGAAGUCACGAUUCAUAUGAAAUUAUUUGUUCAUAUUUAUAACGGUGUGUUUAAAAAAAAAAAAAAAAAAAAGUUUUGUGUGUUUGAGUUUCGUCUCUUAAUUUACACUAAAACAUCACUGAGAAAACACACAACCUUUUUCAUCUGUUUAGACAGUUAGAAGAUGAAGUGUGUGAAAACUUGACCAAAGUGUUAAUUAAGCACUUGACAAUUAGAGACAGAGACGAGCACUAACGGGUGUAGCUGCAGUUAUUGUCUCAUUAACUGUAAAAUCUCAUUUUGAAUACUUGAGCUCACGGCUUCUCACAGUAUUACUGACUAACGGAAAGUGGACAUUAUCUCAUUAAACAAACAACACGCUGGUUAUGUUCUGUCACUCUUUCUAUUGAAUCAGCAC